CUGCGCUUUUCCAAACAGGCGCCCCGUCGAUGGCUGCCCAAGCGGCGACGUCAGGUUCGAGAGGGCACAAAAGCGGACUGGGCCACUAAGGCUAAAGGCCGCGUUGGACCGGGUCUGGAAUGGUCAGAUGGGCAGAACCGCAGCGAAAAGCAACGACGCAGGCCUCGGGAAGGGCUUUUUACAAGGAGUAGCCUUGUUGCCACAGCCCUCUCGUCUCCCGCCAGGUUUGGACGACGGGUGCGAUGA